CCCUCGCCUGGCUACAAGCCUCCCGGGUUGAGGCGCGGCCCCUGAGGCGAGGGGAAAGCGAGAGGAGGCGGCCCCGCUCCGCCUCUUCCUGCGGGAGCCGCGCAGUUGCCGCCAUGGCGCCGCACCGGGCAGCCCCUGCGCUCCCCUCCGCGGCCAUCCUCCUCCUCCUCCUGCCGCUGGCGAGCGCGGGGCUGAGCGGCUACUUCGGCACUAAGUCCCGCUAUGAGGAGGUGAACCCGCACCUGCUGCGGGACCCGCUUUCGCUGGGCCCCGCCGCCGGGUCGCGUCUGCCCGCCGCCUGCGCGCCGCUGCAGCUCCGCGCCUUGCUCCGCCACGGCACCCGCUACCCCACGGCCGGGCAGAUCCGCCGCCUGGGCCAGCUGCACACUCGCCUCCUCCGCCGCCCCGCCGCCGCAGCCUGCCCCGCCGCCGCCGACCUGGCCGCCUGGCAGAUGUGGUACGAGGAGAGCCUCGACGGGCGGCUGGCGCCGCAGGGCCGGCGCGACAUGGAGCACCUGGCCCGCCGCUUGGCCGCCCGCUUCCCCGCCCUCUUCGCCGCCCGCCGCCGCCUGGUGCUGGCCAGCAGCUCCAAGCACCGCUGCUUGCAGAGCGGCGCCGCCUUCCGAGACGGACUCGGGCCUUCCCUCAGCCUCGGCAGCGACGAGGUGGAGGUUGAAGUUAACGAUUCCUUGAUGCGGUUUUUCGAUCACUGCGCCAAGUUUGUCACCUUGGUGGAAGACAACGACGUGGCGAUGUGCCAGGUGGAUGCCUUCAAAGAGGGGCCAGAGAUGAGGAAAGUCUUGGAGAAGGUCGCAAGUGCCUUGUGUUUGCCGGUGGAGGAGCUGAAUGCAGAUCUUGUUCAAGUGGCUUUUCUCACCUGCUCAUAUGAGUUGGCAAUAAAAAAUGUGACCUCCCCAUGGUGUUCACUCUUCAGCGAAGAAGAUGCCAAGGUACUGGAAUACCUGAAUGACCUGAAGCAAUACUGGAAGAGAGGAUAUGGCUAUGACAUCAAUAGUCGCUCCAGCUGCAUUUUAUUCCAAGAUAUCUUCCAACAUUUGGACAAAGCAGUGGAAGAGAGCAAAAGUUCAAAACCCAUUUCUUCACCUUUGAUUGUACAAGUUGGGCACGCAGAGACGCUUCAGCCACUACUUGCCCUUAUGGGUUUCUUCAAAGAUGAUGAGCCUCUCAAGGCAAACAAUUAUGUCAGGCAAACGCAUCGGAAGUUUCGCAGUGGCCGGAUUGUGCCUUAUGCUGCCAACCUGGUAUUUGUGCUUUACCACUGUGAUCAAGUGAAAACCUCUAAAGAGGAAUAUCAAGUGCAGAUGCUGUUGAAUGAAAAACCGAUGCUGUUUCAUCACUCAAAUGAAACCAUCUCUACUUACGAGGACCUCAAGGACUAUUACAAGGACAUCCUGGAAAACUGCCACUUCAAAGAAGAGUGCGAAUUAUCAAAAAUUAAUAUUACUGCUAUUGAUGAACUUUGAUGGAAUGAAACGGAGUGGGUGUCGUGCAAAUUGAUCUCGGUUCUGUUCGGCAGACGUUGUGAACAAGCACUUUUGACGAUUUGCUGCUGCUGUGUUGACUUUCUGAACUGGCAGAUUUGAUGGGUUGUCUCAGUUAGCUCAGUGCACUGUUUAUUUAUUACAUAAGCAGAAUUACAAAACCAAAUGCUGUAACAGGGGUGUUGAUGAGCAUUUUUAACAAAUAAGUGAUGUCAGAUGAAGGGUACCUGUAUGUUAAUAUGUGUGAAUAAGUAAUUUCAUUGGUCAUUCCUUUUAGGAAUGUGCCGUGGAUGGAUUUUGGAGCUGGGGUGACUUCUAUUUUGUCAGAGUUGGAGGUGGUUGGACCGAUUCAGUAUUGCUUUGUGCUGCCUGUUUUGCUAGCUGCUGUUUUCCUGUGGCAGGCAUGAAUUCAAACCUGUGAGCCUUUUUGCUCCUUUUCCUGAGCCUCUAGAAGGGAGAGGGUACAUAAUCCUUCUCCACAGAUGCCCAACUUCUGCCUGGAAAGCAUCACGCAAACAUCUCUCUCUUGGGCGUUUAAAGCAGGAGGAGUUGCACUGUUCCUGCAGACAUUAUCUGCCUGAAAAGGGUCCAGGAGUUAAAAAUCUUAAAGUCAUCGCUGACCCAUCCCGCAUAGCACGUUAGCUUACAGGGUAAGUAAAUUAUCUUUUUAAGAAGAAAAGAAAGUGUUUAAAAAAAAAAAAAAAAAAAAAAAAAAAAAAAAAAAAAAAAACAAAAACAAAGGAGUAGGAAGUAGUCACUCUUUUUAAGGUGCUCUGGGACAUGCAGCAGUUGUUCUCUAAGUAAUCUGGUGUGUCCUUUCACUUGACACCAUCAAUUUCUUGUGUUAAAGGUUUGGGCUGGGGCAUUCAGGUUAGGCUCUGCUAUGGCGGUGAACAUCUUAGUCUUGUCUGGGGGCUGACAGUUUUCCUAGCAGCUCUGGUUGGAAGGUGGUCUCCAUUCCAGCCUCCUGCUUGAAAUGGGAUUGUUGUUAACCCUAAAUCCAUGCAGGUUUUGGACUGUAAAAAGUACCUGGCUGAGACUUAAUUUCUGCUAGCUUUAAUGCACCGAAUGUAGUGUCGCUUACAUAGGCCUUAUGCAUUUGAUGUGCCUCCUUGUUCUUGAAAUGAAGCUGUUUUUAAAGAAAUUCCUUGCAUACAAGUACUGGUGAUCUUUUAAAGCAACUGCACUUAAAGUAGGUUCAGUUGCUACUGGAAGUUGGAAAGUAUUUUAGAGCUCUACAGUGUGGCAGAAAAGGAAAAAAAUAAGAUAAUUGUCCAGAAAUGUCUCAAAAGCAGUAAGUCAGAUAAAAAUUCCUACAUCGCCCAGAAGGGAACAGCUGUGUGAAUAAGAUGCUCCAAAGCAAGUGAGGGUGUGGAUUUCUGGUGCAGGUAGCUCUUGAAGGGCAUACUCACACCCUGUAAUGAGUGUGCUGGUGCUCACUGUGUAAAGUGAGGCGUAGUUGCUGUCUUUGCUGGGGAGGGGGUGAAAGGUUGGUGUAAGUGAUUACCACAGGGUAUCACGUGCACUAUAAACAUUUAUACCCUCAUUUGCUGCAGGGUAACUUCUUUUUGUAGGCUCACCUCCAGAACUGGGAACUUAACUGCUGCAAAAAUGGGUAAGAGAAAGGCGCAAAGCUGAGGAGUUCAACUUAGCGUAUAUAUUUUUUUUUUGUUUUUCUUGAGGACUUAGGCUUCUGCAACUUUUUUUUUUAAUAUGGCUUGUAUAAAAGCACUUAAAGUUUACGUAUCUGUAAGUUGAGGAGCAAUCAAAAACCUGUUUUUUACUGUUGUACUCCGAGUUAAGGGUUGGGACGUAGAGCCCUGCUUCAUUGGUGCACUGAUUCCUGUGGAGACAGAGGUUCUGAUAGCUGAAGAUAGCGACUAGAACUGGGGGAUAUUUCAGCAUUAACAUCCCAGAGAAACACUCGCCUGUGUUAGCUCUGCAGCUGCUCUUGUGAAACUGGCGAAAUGGUUGGAGAGGAGUACUGAUGCUGAGACAAAUGUAGGUGUGUAGGUCAGGAUAAUUGUCAGCCCCAGCAUAUGACACUCACUGCUCUAUCAGCUUUGCAUGUCUCCUUUUUCACAUGAUCCUACCUUGAGAGUAAGUCAACUGAUUGUAAUUACUGUGACAGAUGCCUCUUACAAACUUUAUUGCAACAUUUUGAGGCAAGCUGCAAAGAAAUGAGCCUUUGUUUAAGGGCAGUUGAAUUUGGUAAAUAGCAGAUGCGAGGGUGAGAAAAUUCACCUUUGAACAAAUAUAUUUUUCUGUGAGUCAGUCAUCCUGUGAUGAUUCACGGUUUGAACAGAAGGGAUGAGAGCCCGACUAUUGGAGAUGAAUGGAGGAUUUCUGUUUGUCAGGUCGGUGAGACAUUUAAAGACAUCAUGUUUGUUAAGAGAUAAAUCCUUCUUCCUUAUGGAGGAGGAACACGUUGCACUUUGCUUUUUUUGGUCGUGCGCCAGAUGAGGUGGGGGAACCAAAAAGUUUCUUCUACAGUGAAGCAUCAUUUGCUUCUGUGUUACCAAGUUGGUUGUAUGCUUAAAUCCUGUGCAAAGGGCUUGAAGAAUGAGUCUUCAUAUUUUGCCUUGGAGUACCUGCAGCAUAACAGAUCUUGAGUGGCUCUCAGCAAUUAACAGAAAAGGAAAAUGUGCUGUUUGGUUUCUGAUCUGUGUUUAAAGGAUGCGCUGACUCACUCCUUUGGCAGAAUUGGAGGCUGCAGGUGGAAACUUUGCACAAUUGUAGCAAUAGAAGUGCCUGGACAUGUAAAUGUUCUGUGCACUCGCUCACGUGACUGAUUCUUACCAUUAGGAAGGUGAUUUCAGUCUGACCCUUUUAUUUAGUAAGUAUAUAAAUUUGUUUAUCUACUAAAAAGGAAAACUAAAGUGGAUCAAAAUAUUUCCUUAAAGCUGGGUGCUAGCUCAGUGAGCGGUGUUUGAACAGGCUGCUGUAUCUCAUGGCAUUGUAGAUUUACCACAUCCUGAAAAAGUCCUGCAAGAACAAUAAUGCUUUCUCUUCCAUCACGUGGCUCUGGACAAAACACCUCAUCUCCGUCAUCCAUUGAGGACUUCAUUUGCAACCUUUCUCAAACUGGAAGCUUUCAUUGAUUGAAAAAUACCAACAGUGUUCUUGGAUGCUGCCUUUAAAUACCUUUGAAAUGUCUUUUAUUUUGUUAAAUGUCUAAAGCUUAACGGAUCUUUCUGGCAAAUUAGUUUUUUCCUCCCAGUAAGUACUGCUGCUGUAAUUCUGGUUAGCAUCGUGCUGUCAAAUCACUGGACGCAAUGUGAAUUUGUAAUUAUAUGGUACUAACUGGAUGAAUUUUGAGAACUUGUUUUGGAUUUUUAGUGCUGUGAAAUAAAACUACACACUUUCCUCAUC